GAGGCUCCGGUCGAGAAGACCGACGGCAGGGUGCAGCGCAGGUGGCGCCACGUGGUGGCGAAGGUGCUGAAGCAGAAGUACCUGAAGGGUUUCUGGUCGGUGCUCGGUGAGUACCUCAAGUACGUCAAGGCGCUGAGGCUCCAGAAUGCGCAGUUGUCACAGCAGGCCGAGCAGAUGCAGCAGCAGAAUGUUCAGAUCCGGACGGAGCUCGCUCGGCAGGUCCAGGCGCAGGGAGAUCUGCCACGUCUAGCUGAGCAGCUCGGCGAUGCGGUGCAGAAGCUGUCGGAUGAACGAAAAGAUAAGUCGUCUGCGCCGGCCUUUUCCCUUGUAGACACCAAGGGGCUAGGCAAGCCCUCCAUCUUCAAGAAUGAGGAAGCAAAGUUCCUGGAGUGGUACCGCAAGACGAAUGCGUACCUGACGGCAGUCUUCGGAGAGCAGUUCCGCAAGCUGCUGGAGUGGGUGGAGGAUCAGGCGCAGGAGACCACGGUUAUCAGCAUGGAGGUUCUGGAGGCACGGUUCGGCAGCGACGAUGAUGAUGAGGAUGAAUUCAUUCCAGACCUCCGCGAGAAGGUCAGCCAGCUGUACGUCGCGCUCCAGACGCUGACAGAAGGUGAGAGCUUCGCCCUAGUGAUGAACACUCCCAAGGGCAACGGCGCUGAGGCGAUGAGGAAGCUCAUCAGGCGCUGGGACCCCGCUUCGGGGGGCAAGCGCCGCGUGCUCUUGAAGCAGAUCAUGAACCCGCAGCGGUGUACCCUCAGCGACCUGUACGCCAAGCUCGAGGAGUGGGAGGAGCUCAUCCGCAGGUACGAGAGGAAGAAGGCAGACGGCCUGGGCAAGGUGGUCGACGAUGACGUGAAGGUUGCAGCCCUGGAGACGAUGGUGCCGGAAGAGCUCGAACUCCACCUCGCGAUGAACAAGCAUCGGUUGGACACGUCGGAGAAGGUCGUAGAGGAGAUCAGGAGCUUCCUGGAGUCGAGACAGUCUCAAGGUGCCCUACUCCGACGGAAGCGAGGUGACCCAAUGGACGUGGACUCGCUGCACAAAGGAGGCAAGGGGAAGUCCAAAGGUAAGGGUGACAAGAACGGCAAGAAGGGCCAGGCUCCCAAGCCGCGUGACAAGCGGACGGUGCAGUGCUGGCGUUGCGGGGGCUGGGGCCAUACGUCUAAUGAGUGCACAGCCCGCUUGACUGGCGGGAAGACCGGCGACGGCAAGGGCAGCAAAGGCAAAGGCAAGGGCAAGGACGCAGACAAGGACAAAGGCAAGGGCAAGAGUCGCCGCUGGGACACCAACUCCUUCGAGCCAGGUGCCGCGUCAAGCUCGAGCCAGCCGGUCUACGGAGACAACUGGGACGAUGGCAACAACAGCACGAUCACCAGCCUACCGCCCUCAGCGAGCCAGGUGGGUUCCACGAACCUUGGCUCCUUCGAGCUGUGUACGUUCGAGCUCAACAGCUUCGACGAGACCGUCGACGACCAGGAGUGGAUCAGGUUCACGUUCGACUCGGGCGCGGCCGUGACCACCUUCCCUGAGAACACCAAGGGCGAGCGGCUCCCGGCCGAUCCGAAUGCGAGCUAUCGGACGGCCAGCGGUGAGAUCAUAGCCGACUCGGGCGGGGUAUGCAUCCAAGGGCGAUCCGAGUGGAGCGAGCCGAUCAGACUGAAGGCGCGCUUGGCCAGCAUCCACAAGCCGCUGGUCUCGGCCUCGCAGACUCACCGCACGGGCCGGGCCACCUGGCUGACGAAGGAGGGUGGUUACAUCCUCCCGGCCGGCUCGGACAUCGUGAACCGCGUCGACGCUCUCAUCCGAGAUGCUGCGUGGAGUGAGUCGGGCGUGGUGCCGCUGUAUGUUGAGGAGGGCAUCUACGCAGGCUACAUCAAGAAGAACGAGGGAGGCCUGGCCGCAAGGCCGGGAGGAGGCGGCGCUGUGGCUGGGAGCCCGGGCCCGGCGCCGCUCACCGACGUAGACGUGGGCCAGGAGGAGGAGCAGCAGGCGCCGGAGGUGGCACCCGCUCGAGUCGUGCGCCGUGGCAGGGCGCCGACGCAGGCAGAGCGGGAGCAGCACUUGGCAUCGGGACACGCGGUCUACCGCUCGUGGUGCGAGGAGUGCGCGCGGGCGGCCGGCCUGGGCGCCCAGCGCGCCAGGCGACCUGAGGAUCGUGAUGACGCGGACCCGGUUGUCAGCAUGGACUUCGCCUUCAUCGGGGAGAAGGUCCAGGACGUGGAGGACGACGGCUCCAUCCCCAUCUUAGCGGUGACGGACCGCAAGUACGGCAUGAAGGGGGCGACCGCCGUCAAGGACAAGACCGCGUCCGACUUCGUGGUCAAGUGGCUCGUGGGCUUCUCGAAGCACCUCGGGCACCGCCGUGUCGUGCUCAAGUCCGACGGCGAGGAGUCGCCCAAGGGCGAGCACAAGAGCAACGGCGAGGUCGAAGCCAGCGUGAAGGAGGUGAAGAAGGUCAUCCGAGCGAACUUCUUCUCCAUGCAGAAGUCCUUCGGCUUCGAGGUCUCGCCCGGGCAUCCCAUCGUCAGGUGGCUGCCCCAGUUUGCCGCGGACUCCAUCUCCAAGUUCAGGCUCGGCGUUGACGGCACGGCGGCCGAGCAGCGGAGGCGUGGCCGUCCCUGGAGGAAGUUCGCGGCGGAGUUCGGCGAGAGGGUGCACUAUCGACCUCUCGGAGUCGGAGACGAGAGGAGCACGCUGGCCCCCAAGAUGCUCAUGGGGCACUUCGUGGGCUACCACUCGCGGACAGGCGCGCUGCUCGUCAUGACGCAGUCGGGUGUGGUGCGGGCCCAGGGCUUCAAGCGCCUACAUCGAGCCCAGGCAUGGUCGCCGGAGGCGCCAGGGUCGCGGGGCAGGCUUGCUGGACUGCCGUGGGAGGUUUCCCCCGCGGCGUUGCUCGCACAGCCCGCGGGCCCGAUAACCGUGACCAGAGACACGCAGGAGGACCACGACACCGUGGUCAGGAGACGCUACGUACUCAAGAAGGACAUCGAACGCUUCGGAGCUACUCCGGGGUGUCCAGGCUGCGCAGACCUCAUGGCAAGGGGGUCGGCGCGGGUCGCGCACUCCCAAGAGUGCCGCGAUCGCAUCGAGGCCGAGCUGAUGAAGGACUCGGCAGGCCAGCGGAGACUGGCGGAGCACCACCUGAGGGCGAGUGCUCGCGAGGCUCAGGCGGAGGAGGGCGCGGCGCAGCCGGCGCCCCAGCCUGGACCCGGCGCAGACGUGGCCAUGGCAGGUCCACGUGCGGGCGCCCCGGCGACGCCACCGGCAGCAUCGAGGAAGCGUGCUGCGAGCGUGUCCGCCGAGGAGCGCCGCCCGCCGCAGUUGCGAGACGGGCCAAGGGGGCUCAAGAGAGCCGGGAGCGAGCCGGACCUCCACGGGCAGAUGAUCGUGGACGGAGGCUCGAGCUCGUCGGCUGGACCGGCGAGCGCGGCAGUGUCCGCCGGGCUGGUGCAGCCCGCGCCUAGCCCAGAGGGGGCUAGAGGAGGUGGCGACAUGGAGGACUUGGCAGGACCAGCUGCACGAGCUGGCAGCUCCAUGGACGUCGGCGCCUUUGACGAGGUCAAGGGCAAGAUCUACAGGGAGAUCCUGGCGCUGGUAAGCGCCACGGACCUGAUCGGCGACAAUGCCAUGUCGAUCAAGGAGCUGAAGGAGGUGUCCGCGCUGUUGACCGAGAUCAACGGGGUCGACCUCGCAGAGGUCUACUCGCCCGAGCGCUUCAAGGGGAGGGCGCUCGGCAUGGGCCUGACGGCAGGCCUCGCGGCGGACCUCUACACUGGCUGGGACUUGCUUCGCGAGGACCACCGCCGAGCAGUCAUGAAGAAGCUGUUGGAGGAGGACCCUCUCCUCACCGUGACCUCUCCGCCGUGCACGGUCUUCUCCAAGCUCAGGCAGCUCAGCAACUUUAAGCGGGACGAGGGCAUCGUGGCUUCCGAGGUCCUCGAGGGAGAGACACACCUGGAGUUCUCCAUGAAGGUGUGCGAGAGCAGGCAUCAGCGAGGAGCACUUUUCCUGCAUGAACAUCCCUGGGGAGCAUCCUCCUGGUCGCGGCCGUGCGUCCAGAGGGUCAAGGAGUUGCCGGGCGUGUACGUUGUGCGCGGCCCGAUGUGCCGCUGGGGCCUCCACGCUCGGGGGCCCGAUGGGCGCGAGGCAUUCGUGCGCAAGGAGACGGGCUGGCUGACGAACUCGCAGGUCUUGGCCGACAUCCUUGCUGGGGAGUGCCGCUGCCCGUCCAUCGGCGGCGAACCCUACCGGCACGUGCACUUGCUCGGUGACAGGAGGGCUCGAAAGGCGCAGGUGUACCCACCCCGCCUGGUCAGAGCCAUCCUUCGCGGCCUCAGGGAGGAACUUCGAGCUCGGGAAUCGCUGUCUGACCUGGCGGGAUUCACCGCCGGGCCCUCGCCUCACGCCGAGGAUAUGGACCAGGAGGCGAAGGCGUUCGUGGACGACGUCCGCGGGGGCUUCCUCGACCCGCUGAAGGUGAAGGAGGCCAGGGCUGAGGAGCUGGAGUGGUGCCGCAGCCGCGGAGUGUGGAAGAAGGUUCCACGACGCGAGAUGGAGGCGGAAGGAGGUCGUGCCAUCGACACGCGGUGGAUUGACACCAACAAGGGGGACCUCGAGCGACCGUUGUACCGCUCGAGGCUCGUGGCACGGGAGAUGAAGGUUCGCCGGCGCGCCGAGGGGCUGCUGCCGCCGCAGCAGGACCUCUUCUCGGGGACGCCACCGCUGGAGGCGUUCAAGGCGCUGGUCAGCCUGUUCCUCGGCAGGGCGUUCGAGCAGUUCCAGAGCUCGGAGCCCCGCGAGGUGCUGUACAAGUUCUACGACGUGUCGCGUGCCCACUUCUACGGGCACGUGCAGAGGCGCCUCUGGGUGGAGCUUCCGCCCGAGGAGCGCCAGGGCGAGGAGGAGCCACUCGUCGGACUUCUCCUUCGCACGAUGUACGGCACGAUGGAUGCGAGCCAGGUCUGGCAGGGUGACUACGUCGAGCUGCUCAAGUCCGUCGAGUUCCUGCAAGGGAAGUCGAGUCCCGCCAUCCUGUGGCACCCAGGGCGUGACAUCGCCCUCGAGGUGCAUGGCGACGACUUCGGCGUGCUGAUGUAUGCAGACGACGAGGCCUGGUUCGACGAGCUGUUGAAGAAGUAUGACUACAAGGUCACGGGCCGCCUCUCCUCGGCGGCCGAAGGGGUCCAGAGCACGGUCUACCUGAACCGCGUGCUCAUCUGGGAUCCCGCCGCAGGUGAGGCACGCAUCGAGUCUGACGUCCGCCACGUGGACAUGAUCCUUCGGGACCUGCACCUGUGCGACGCCAAGCCGGUGCAGACGCCUGCGGUCAAGAAGAGUGUGACCGAGAUGAUAGAAGCCUCGCAGUCCCAGACGCUCGAUGACGCACAGUCCAAGCUCUACCGCUCGCUGGUCAUGCGGGCGAGCUACAUCGGGCAGGACAGACCGGACCUCAGCUACAUAGCGUCUUCUCUGGCCAAGUCGAUGAAGACGCCACGAGAGUCGGACAUGAUGGACCUGAAGCGCCUGGGACGAUACCUCAAGCAGGCCAGGGCCGGCUCGCUGGCAUUCAAGCUGCAGGAGGUCCCCACGCGCAUCGAGAUCUUCGUAGACGCUGACUGGGCUGGCGAGGCUACCACCAGGAAAUCACGCAGUGGCAUGAUGCUCAUGCUCGGCUCCCAUCUUGUGAAGCACGCUUCCACGCAGCAGACCACGGUGGCGUUGUCUUCAGGGGAGUCCGAGUACUAUGCGAUGCUGAAGGGUGCGAGCCACGCUCUGGGGCUCCAGUCUAUGCUCCAAGACUUCGGCGUGCAGCACCUAGAGAUGCCACUACUGCGCAGCGACAGCGUGGCGGCCGAGGGCAUCGCCACGCGGCAGGGCCUUGGCGCGGUCCGCCACAUCGACACGAGAUUCUUGUGGCUGCAGGACCAGGUCAAGACAGGCAAAGUGGAGAUAAAGCACGUGCCGGGACUCCAGAACCCGGCCGAUGCGUUCACAAAGGCUCUGGAUCAGACACAUCUGAGACGGCAUUUUGAGGCUAUGGGCUUUAAGGUGCGCGACGAGGGCAGCCGGCUCCAUCGCACUCUCUAG